AUGGUUGGAUUGAAUCUUGGCCGUUCACGGCUUUAUAUAAAACAUGCUGUUGCUCAUUCGCAAACCCUAGCCGUAGGAUGCCUUCACCUUGCUUCUCUCGAUCUGCAGCGAAGGUCAUGGAAUCACCCAACUGUGGUGAUUCCAUGGAGGCGAGGCAUUGGCUCUCGUCCUAGACAGCAAGUUGGUAAGCCCGGCGGAGGGACAGUGGUGAGGUGGCGGCCAACAUCUGGGGUUUCCGGUGGGCCACGGAGGGGAUCGGUGACGGCAACGAGUUCGUUCCACAGGGUUGAAAGGAAAGAGCGAACUAUUGUUGUUACUUCACACUCAUCGAUCUCGAUCGUUAAAACCUUGCCACGCUUUCCUGUUAAUCUCCCAUUCAAACUCGAAAGUGGUUAUAUCGGGGUGGGCGAUUUCGAUAAUGAACAGUUAUUCUACUACUUCAUUGAAUCUGAAAGGAGCCCGAAAGAUGACCUUCUUAUGCUUUGGCUCACCGGAGGCCCUGGUUGUUCUUCCUUUUCUGCCCUCGUCUAUGAGAUUGGCCCAAUGUCAUUUGACCACAAAAGGUCUAGGGACUUUCCAACGUUUGUGUUGAAUCCAUAUUCGUGGACGAAGGUUGCCAACAUAAUAUUUUUAGACGCACCGGUUGGCUCUGGAUUCUCAUAUGCCAAAAGUUGGCAAGGAUUCAACAUGACUGAUACAAUUUCAGCAGCACAAACCUAUUCUUUUCUGAGAAAGUGGCUUAUGGAUCAUCCCAAAUUCCUCAAGAAUCAACUCUAUAUUGCUGGAGAUUCUUACUCGGGCAAAAUUGUUCCAAUGAUUGUUCAGGAAAUAUCUGACGGUAUUGAUGCCAGGAUCGAGCCGAUAAUGAAUCUCAAAGGGUAUGCGCUUGGGAACCCAGUUACGGAUGAAAACAAAGAUAAAAAUUCAAGAAUUCAGUUCGCUUACCUAAAGGCAAUUAUCACCCAUGAAAUCUACGAGUCAGCCAAAACAUAUUGCAAGGGCGAGUAUGUAAAUGUAGAUCCAAGUAAUGGUUUAUGUAAACUGUAUCUUCAAAAUGUCACAGAGUGCACUCAAAAUUUAUAUAUCGCCAACAUAUUGGAACCUGGAUGUAGUAUGGAUGCAUCACCUAAACCGAAGCUAUUGACUUGGGAUCGCUCAAUACUCAUGGAACAGGAUUUCUCAGAUUUUCUCCUUUCGCCAACUCAACCUCCAACUUCCUGGUGUCGGGUUUAUAAUUUGUACUAUUCAUACGAAUGGGCAAAUGAUAAAACUGUUCAAAGGGCUCUUGGAGUUCGAGAGGGAACUAAAAAGGAUUGGGCAAGAUGCAAUCGAAGCAUAUUAUACACCAAAGAUGUACCCAGUAGUCUUUAUUAUCAUCGAAACCUAAUCAAGAGAGGUUAUCGAGUUCUGAUUUACAGCGGGGAUCUUGACAUGGAAGUUCCAUAAGUGGGAACAGAAACAUGGAUCAAGUCACUAAAUUUGACAGUUGAGAGCGGUUGGCAACCAUGGUCUGUUGAAGGCCAAGUUGCAGGAUACUGGAUGCAGUACGCAGAAGGCAUUUAUAGUUUGACAUAUGCCACAGUGAAGGGAGGAGGUCAUACUGCUCCAGAGUACAAGCCUAAAGAAUGUCUGGCCAUGAUCAGCAGGUGGUUAGCCUUAUACCCUCUCUGACCUACGUUUCUGUAUUCAUGAAUUUUCAUCCUGUCUAUCUACAGCAUCAACAUCUAUAUC